AUGGCAAUCCUUUGGCUUGUUUCUUUGAUUGCACUUGUUGGUGCUACCUAUGGUAAGUCAUUCAUUUUUUUCUUGAUUUCAUUGUCAAGCUCUAACAUGAUAUUUCAUUUAAGAAUUGGUGGGGAGAUAAGUGAUCGACGCAAACUGAUCUGUAGUCAGUUAGGCGAAACACAUUUAAAUACACAUCUGAAUGCAUUUUCUAUUUCCUACUCUGAACAUGAACUUAGUGGUCUUAAAUGUUCCUCUUAAACUGGACAUACAUUUUUGUUUUCUCAAAAUUGAAUUUUUAACAUAACUAAUACACAUAAGAUCAUAAAGAAGAGAGUCGAUAACUGAUUUACAAGUAGAAUGUCUUUGUUUUAAGUUUUUCUACCAAGAGAAGAAAGUUCUCAAUAGGUGGGUCGCCAAAGCUCUGUGAGCAGCUAAGGGGAUUUACGAAUGCGAUUUCCAACCUUCAAUAGAAAGGGAAAUUAAGAAAGAGCACUUAUCUUUAUAUAUUGUUUUGGAAAACUGCAUUAAAGGACCACUCUAGGCACCCAGACCACUUCAGCGUAAUGAAGUGGUCUGGGUGCCAGGUCCUUCUAGGGUUAACCCAUUUUUUUAUAAACAUAGCAGUUUCAGAGAAACUGCUAUGUUUAUCAAUGGGUUAAGCCUUCCCCUAAUCCUCUAGUGGCUGUCUCAUUGACAGCCACUAGAGGCGCUUGCGUGCUUCUCACUGUGAUUUUCACAGUGAGAGCACGCAAGCGUCCAUAGGAAAACAUUGUAAAACGCAUGCGCAUUCAGCCCAGGAGGAGGAACGGAGGAGGAGAGCUCUCCGCUCAGCGCUGGAAAAAGGUAAGUUUUUACCCCUUUCCUCUCCCCAGAGCCGGACGGGAGGGGGACCACAAGUAUGUUUUCCUGGCACUAUAGUGGUCCUUUAAGUAUAGAGUGGAUUUUAGUAAAAAAAACAAAUCACAUUUCUUAGGGCAAUUCCAUGGCCACCAUGUAUGGUAAUUCGACCAAUUUGCAUCAUAGCUAAGCCUGCAUGGAUCAGAAGAUAAACUAAUACAGAAGGUGGUUAACGAUCCUAAAAGAGGCAAGAUUAUUAACUUGCAGUUUAAAAAUAAGUGAUUAGAUUUAUAAAUGACCAUGUGGUAGUAUAAGCGAUAUACAUACAUAUAUGAAUACAAUCUCGUCAUGCUGCAGGUGUGUCGCUUGGUACAUAAAAGGAACAAAUAGAAAAAAUAAUAGUGUAUUAUGUUGCACAAAAGUGAGUAUAUAUGCCAAAGGGGAACUCACACUUUUUAGAGCAACUAAGAGUUCUCCUGCAGAAGCCACGGACGGCAUAAUCCCUGUGUAAUAUUUGUAGCAUUGUGUAGAUACAUCUAUAGUCUCCACAUCAAAUAAGGAUACGUAGAGAGAGAAAAGGGAUAACCAAUUGUACAGCAGAACAGCAAAUGUUUAAAAUAGGUCAAAUAUAUCCUACUUACAUAACCCAGAGCAAGAACCUGCUCUGGUGGUAUGGAACAUUGGUGGUACAAUCCCCACCUGAGAUGUGUAGCAUAACAGUAAAUCAGAUGAUGAAUGAGGUAAAAAUAAAAAAUUAAAUGGACUAUACAGAUAAAAAAAGUACUUUUACUAAACAAAUAAUAAAAACAAAUAAAAGAUAGAAAUAACAACAAUCUAUAUACUAUAAAUAAAAGUAAAGGAAAAGGUACCAGUCACUAGUAAAAAUGUCUAAAUAAGUGUUCACUUGAUUUGUUUUGCCAGAUGCUGAAUCAAAAGAUGUUUUUCCCAUCUGGUACAAUUCUGCAGUAGUAGUAAACCAUCUGAACAGGCUAUUAAAACUUUGCUCUUAUAGGUUUAUAUUAAUUGAGACCUUUGGAGAUGGUUCCUACAUGUUUUCACAUUGGAGCCUGGGGAAAAACCCAACCUGAUUGGGUCGUAGUUGGACAAUUUGCUUGCAGUUUAGUGAAGACUUUACAUUCCGUAUUUUGAGGAGAUAUCAGCUCAUAAUUCUGUAGGAACAUAAGUCAUUUCCUUCUGGAUCUAAGCACCCAUCUUCCAAACUGCAAUUAAAUAGUCUUGUCGUGUGUAUUACACAAUUUCCUUUACUCCAUUAUUUAAAUAAUAAGAUUUCCAACACAAUACCCUGUGAUAUAUAAUUGGUCUAAUGAUCUGGAAUAUGCAACCUGAUUAAUACACAUAAACAUUGAUAAAUAGAAAAAAACUGUCACUAUUUAUUGCUUUUUGUAAUUUUCAUUAACUUUAUGUAGUCAUUUAUGAGCAUAACAUUUUAUAUAAAAAUAAAACACUACUUACGGCAUAUAAUUAACUAACAAUUUAAUUUUACCAAGAAGUCAAUUUUAAUCUUGUAUGAUUGGCUUUAUAAAGCAAUAAAUUAAUAUAAUUACACAGUAAGAUUUAAUAGACCACCACACCUUUAUAUUGAAAAUACAAUUAAUAUAUCAUAUUACACCUUUUUUUAAUCCAUAUUCAUAACCCUUACACUGUUUAUAUCAGCAAUAAUUGGUAGGUAUAGUUCUACAACGAUGCCAAUGUUAAUAUCUUUGGAAUUUAAAAUCAGGCUAUUGAAAAUCUUUCCCACACAUCCAAUUUAGGACCAGAAAUACAGAUAAUCAGUGCUAUCAAAGAGUGGUAAGAUACCUCCCACAUAGGUUACUUUCCUUUAAUUUUCUGCAGUAAAAUGAAAUAAAACAACAGUCCCAUAAAUAGCAGAAAUAAAUAGCAGACGCAUAUCGACUCCUCCUGGAGUUUUCUUUAGUGCUGGUGUACAUCUCUGCAGCACCCCAAUAAAUACCCCUCCACACGAUGUUGAUGCGACGCACCCAUGUGCAAGGUCAUGCCCAACAAUAUUUAGAUAUUUAGGUUUUCAAGCCUGACUCUGAAUAUCAUUAUUAAUACAUACAUUUAUAUUGAUCGAGAUAAAGUGUAUAACCAGACGCCAUAUACAAACAUUCCAAACCUACAAAUUCAUAUACACACAUAUAGGUGUAGAUACAUAUGUAUAAUUCUAAAUAUAUAUCUAUAUGCAAGGCUUGUGUGGUAUGUUUCUAAAAAAACAAGAUAGAUAUACACUCCAUAUAAUUCUAUUUAUAAAUCACUGGCAUGGGUAGAACCUGGAUAUACUAUCAGAUUGCUUAUGCAUCAAUAGUUUUAUCAAUUAAUUUAUUCCAUUUUCAUAUAGAGUGUGGUGUACAAUUUCUUUUUGUAAUAAUGACUUUGAAACAUGAUGAUCAAAUCUCAAACAAACAGGAUACAUUUCAUCAAUCAUUUGCACUUCUCCUAUUGAUCCUCUAUAAUGUUUAGUAUUUUUAAUAAAUAUAUUAAUCUAACUCUUGCCCAUACAUUGCGUAAUCCCAUUUUGUAACUCUGUGACCUGGGAGUAACUUGUACCAUGGAGUGGUACUCCUAUCACAUAAACAAUAAAUGUUGAAUAACUGACGUGUUCAUUCAUAUCAUCCAGGUAUUGCAGUAACAACCACCCACAAGAAAACACACUUAACUUAUUGGUGGUGGGCGCUUACUUCUACAUUAUUGACUCAAUUUUUGUCAUUUAAAUACUUGUAAUAAAAUGGAAAAUCAGUCAUGCCUUUUUACAUCCUGUGUGGAAUUAGAAUUGUUCUGACAGUGUGGAAACCAAAAUUUCUUGAAAUAUCAUAAUAUAAAUCUUACAGAAUCCUUCCGGAUUCUUGUGUCUUAUGAAAGGAAGUUUCUCAAGAGCUUCUUUUAACCACUUUUUAAAAGAAGCACUUUGAAAGUGGAAAGUUAAAAACCCUUUAUUUACUUACCUGAUCCCAGCGCCGAUGUCCCUCAAUGUUGGGUCAUCACUCUGACCCCUCCUCCAUCCGACGACAAGCGGGUGCUAAUGCACAUGCGCGGCAAAUGGCACACACCCAUUAGAUCUCCCUAUAGAAAAGCAUUAGAUCAAUGCUUUCCUACAAGCAAAAAUCUGACACUGGAUGUCCAGUGUGAGAUACUGGACUAAAGGUCUGUUUCAAUCCAGGAAGCCCUCUAGUGGCUGUUUGGUAGACAGCCACUGGAGGCAAACUUAGUGCUGCAAUGUAAACAUUGCAGUUUCUCUGUAACUGUUUUACAUUGCAGCACUAAGUGCAAUAGGGACACUAUAUACAGACCAUUUCAAUGAGCGGAAGUAAUCUGGGUGCCUCCUGUGUCCCUUUAACAUGUAAUACUUACGUGCAUGCAGAACUAUUGUUGCCAUUGUUCUAUGUUCCCCACAGCUCGGUACAGGACAUACCUCUCAUUAAAAGUGGAAGUUAUGAAGGUACCACUAGGGGCACAUGUUCGUCCCACAUUAAUGUAAAUCUCCAGACUGCCCAGUAUAUCUGUUUGUGUUUACAAUGUCCUGAAAAAAUGCUGUGUUUGUCUUAUAGGAUGUGGCAUCCCAGCCAUCCAGCCUGUCCUCACUGGUUAUGCAAGAAUUGUAAAUGGUGAAGAGGCCAUCCCAGGAUCCUGGCCAUGGCAAGUGUCUCUGCAGGUAAGACUCGCAUAAAUAAAUACAUUAAAAAAAAAGUCUGUUUACAUGAAUCAUGAUGUACCUCAGCAUGUGCCUUGAGCUUCUGGUGGUGAUGUUAUUCCCUAUUUUAUGGAAUACAGAGUCCAUAUUUUCCAGCCACAUCCCUCCUUUCUAUCAUAAUAUCCCUCUUUUCUAGGAGCUCAAUGUUGUUGGUGUGUCUGAGUGCAGGGCCGCUAUCAGAAAUUUUUGGGCCCCUAACACAGCUCUGGGUCUGAGCCCCGGGAAUACACACAUAGACACAAACACAUGCACUGAUACAAAAGGAGACAGAUACAUACACACUGACAGACACACAUACAUACUAACAGACACAAUGAAACAGACAUACACACAUAUAGGCAUACAUACUGACACAUACACACACAAACACACACAUACUAACACACAGACAUAAAUAGUGACACAAAGACAUAUACUAACAUACAUACAUGAUACAUGAUGAUCUGUUUUCCGGCUGCCGGUGGGGACGGCGUUGGUCUGAGUGCAUGUCCCGAACAGGAGCAUCACUUCAGGAGACGUGCAGAACAGACAAUUCCGGUUACAGUUGCUACCAAAGGUCCUGCGUGAAAGAAUGGUCUGCUUCUGUAUUCUGCUGUGAAAAUCUGUCUUACGCAUUUCGUAGGGAAUGCGCCCUACUUCAUCAGAGACGUGAUACUGACAUACAUACUGACAUGCAGACAUAAAUACUGACAUACAUGCAUACAUGCACAGUGACAUACAUACACACUGACACACACACAAACACACACAUACUAAGACACACACAUACUAAGACACACAGACAUACAUAGUGAAACACAGACACAUACAUACAGACACACACACAUUCAUACAGACAUGCAUGCAGGCAUACUGAUAUACAGACAUACAUACUGACAUACAGACAUACAUACAGACAUAUAUACUGACAUACAUACUGACAUGCAAACAUAUAUAAUGACAUACAUACAUACAUGCACACUGACAUACACACAAACAUCUCAUUUUCCAGCCACCCUCCUGUUUCCUACCUUUUCCUUGCAGGCGGGUGGCUUGGGCUGAUGGGAAUCGGCAUGGAUCUCCCUCUUGAAGGCCUCCACGCUGUCUCUCCUGGCCAUCACUUCCUCCCAGCACUACUUGCGGCUGCAAUUUUUUUAAAGGGGCCCGGUGGCACUAAUACAUGCCCCCAGCGCUGACCGGGUCCCUGAAGAUAUAGGGCCCAUCAGGUAGUCCUAAAUGCUUGGGCCACCCGAUGGGCCCCAUAAGCAUGCGGGCCCCGGUGCAGGUUCACUGGUGGCAGUUCCACUGCUACACGUGUGGCCCAAGGCGGCCGCCCCCCCGAUGGUGGCCCUGUCUGAGUGUUUAACAGAGCUCCACAGCAAUAUAACUCAAAUGUAAUGUAUCUUUAAACUACAAAAAGUACAAUACUUGUCUUUACAAACCAGUCUGUGUUAAUAAGACACAUUGUUCUUGUUCUAAUUUACAUUUUAGUUUCAUGCAUUUUUAUUAGUGAGUCACCUAAAGUUUCACAGAACAGCCUGCCCUUGGCCUCACCCCUACUUACGCCACUAAAAUUAAGUGUCUCUCUUUAUCCGUCUAAAAUAUUGGGGGGCGGGGUACGUGUUUUAUUACUUUUAUUUACGUUUUCCAACUUUGCAUUCUUUCUUCUAGGACCGCACUGGAUUCCAUUUCUGCGGUGGAUCCCUUAUAAGCGAGAAUUGGGUGGUCACUGCAGCUCACUGUGGUGUUAAGUAUGUGUCACUUAAUCAUAUUCCAACCAAAAAACAGUUUUUUUUACAUUUUGGUCAAAAUAGCCAAGUUGGGAAUGUAGGUGAAUUGGGGAAGAUUUGUUUUUGACUGAAUGUCUAAUUUUUUUGUCUUGGGGGAAAAAAAAUUUAAAAACAAAAAUACAAUAUUUAUUUUGCAGGACUACAGAUCGUGUUGUCUUGGGUGAAUUUGACCAGCGUUCAUCUGCUGAAAGUGUACAAGUUAAGACAAUUGCCAAGGUAAAUUAUGUUUUUGUCUUUAAUGGAAGAAAUUUAUAUUUUUUCUAUUUCUUAAGAAAUUAAAUGAAUAAAUUAAAAAUGCAACUCAACUUAAAAUAAAGGUAUUAAAGUAAGCUUGGUACAUGCAGAAGAACAUACCAAAGAACAGAUAGGCAAUUUAGAUGAGCAAGCUGGUUCAAGGUAAUGUCAAAUUUGUCAGCAUGGUCCAUAUUUCUCUUUUAAAUAAUGUACUAUUAUAUUUUAUUGCAUUUUUGUCAAAGUUUGAAACAACGAAAACUGCCAAUACAGACUUUUAAAGUCUUUACAAAAGAAAAAGAAAAUCCCUUGUCGACACACAAAUGGCAAAAUAAUAUUCUUCUGAAAUGUUAUUCUCAUAAAAUAACCAUUAAAAUAAUUUGCUAUGAAUACUUAACAUAUCAUAUAUAUAUAUAUAUAUAUAUAUAUAUAUUCUAAUAAAAUAAUAACAACAAUAUAAUUUUGCCCACCGUCAUGGCAUAAAAUUAAUUAGCAGUGCCAAAUAGGAUCAUCUCUUUGUAUACAGGAUGUUAUGGUCCAGGGAAAGGCAACCUAAGGCACUCCAGAUGUUGUGGGCUACAUCUCCCCAGAUGCCUUACCUGCAUUAUGGCUUUUAACAGCCUUUUGGGAGAUGUAGUUCACAUGUGGAGUGCCAAAGGUUGCCUACCCGUGAUAUAGUCAUUGCUUUAACGGCUAAAGCUUCUUAUGUGGAACAUGACAUGUUCUUUAGAAGCAGUAACAAUGAAAAUGGUGCAGUUAAAAUGCUAUCACGGAAAUUCCAACACAAUCAAAAGAUAUCCUGAGACAAAGUAAGGACUUAUGAUCUGGAAUACACAACCUGUCUAAUACAUAUAAAUGUUGAAUGAAUAAAAAAAAAACAGCCGUUAUUUAAUACAUUUAAUAAUUUUCUAAAGUUGUUGACCUUAUGUAGAUAUUUAUGUGUAUGUCACACUCCCCUGUUGAGUCUAAUGGGAGUGCUUGGGGUAUAAUUUCUUAUGUAUUGUUUAAAUUAGCGAUGGAUAUAAUUUAGAUCUCUAGUGGCAUGUGUAUGUAUACAAUGGCCCAUUUCUUCUGAAGUCGAAAUCUGUAGAAGCACUGAUAUCUAAUAGUCAUAUUUUGCAUUUUCUAGGUCUUUAGGCACCCACAGUAUAGUUCAUAUACUAUAAAAAAUGAUGUCACUUUGAUCAAACUGGCCUCUCCAGCUGUGCUCCAAGAACACGUGUCGCCUGUGUGCUUGGCCAACUCUGCUGAUGUGUACAGCAGCGGUCUUAAAUGUGUCACUAGUGGAUGGGGUUUAACAGAUUCUAGUGGUAAGUCUACACAGUUUGAACCAAGUUUCAAACUACCGCUCCAUUCCAUAAAAUUCCAUAUAAAAAAUUGUUUUAAUUUAUUUAGGUAUGCUAUAUGUAAUAUAUAAUUAUGUCAUUAUGUCAAUUUGUUUUUGUUUUCAAUUAUCUUAAUGUAUAUAUGAACUUUACAACUGGCUGCCUAGAUAUCCUUAGAAUACAAGAUGUUCCUGAGAGAUUAACUAGUGUGGUCGCUAGCAUGACCCGAUUCUAGUACAUUAUUUAGAAUAAAAUUGAGUCAUUUCGAUGACUAAAAUGUCUAUACACAUUUAGCGUGAUUUAAAAAUAUUAUCAUGAUCUUUAGAACAGGGGUUUUAUAUACUCUUUACACACAUAAGGGUGAGUAAAGUAGCUUUCUGGCCCUAAAAUGGACUUACAUACAACAAACAUCUGCAUAGGAAAGAAUGGCAUUAAGAUACCAUCAUAGGCAUGCAUUUGUCAACUUUUGUUUAAUUUUACAGCAAGUCAAACACCAGCCAGAUUGCAGCAGGUGGUUCUGCCCCUUUUAUCCAACACUGAAUGCAAGAAAUACUGGGGAAACAAAAUUGCUGAUGUUAUGAUCUGUGCUGGAGCAGAUGGUGCCUCUUCCUGCAUGGUAAGAUGGGAAGAUCCAAUGAAGUAGAAGAACUUGUGUUUAAAUUUGAGUUAUUUUUUCCCAUAAAAUACCUUAAAGACAUGCAACGCCAUAGGUUCUUAAGUUGUCUGCUUCAUUCACAUCCAAGAACAUGUGCCUCGGCCUUUAAAAAAUGCUCUACUAAUCGUUUUAUAUAAUUGUAUGGACUGCUAGGAGGAGUUUAAUGUAGACAGAUAUGUGCUAUAGAAUAUUAGAAGUUAAGAAAUGUUAUUAAAGAUAGAGAAUAGCCAAUGAUUAUAAUCAUAUUGUCUAUAGCAGAUGAUACUUCUAACAAGUCCAAUGUGUUGAUUUUAGGGUGACUCUGGUGGACCUCUUGUAUGUGAGCAAGAUGGAGCUUGGUCUUUGGUGGGUAUUGUGUCUUGGGGAAGCUCUACAUGUUCCCCAUCAAGUCCUGGUGUCUAUGCACGGGUCUCUGUACUCAGGAGCUUCAUUGACCAGACCGUUGCUGCUAACUAG